AUGAGCGCGUUCGAGGUCACUUGCACACCACCCCGUGUUGUUGCAAAAAGAAAUAACGAAGCCCGCGAACCGACGCUUGUCGUGCUCGGUCCGUUCACUCCGAAGGCGAUAGUUGUAUUUGAAGGCGUCCCGGUGGGAAAAACAGCCCGUAGGCAGGUCAUUCUUCGAAACGCGCAAGGCUCACCAGUGGAGGUACACCUUACUCGAAUACCCGAUCCCGGGUGUGGCCUUUCGUUCGAGUGGACCUCCAACCAGGUCGAUACGGACGGGGAAAAACCGCUGGAAAUCGUGUGGAAUCCGCCAACUCCCAUCGUUGGAAAGGAAGUGAUUGUCUUCACAGACAGUUUGGGCCACAAGAAGGACGUGCAAUUGAUUCUUAAAUCGAUCGAACUGAAAGCACCAAAUCGCAAACCGGCUCCGAAGUUGUUUGCCGCUCCGGUCAAGCUAAAGCUUAAGUCACCGUCACCGCCAAAGGUUAAACUAAAGCGGAUUGUUGUGCCGAAAAAAGCAAAAGCAUCACCAUCGGUACGGACCGAUAGCUGGUCGUCGCGAGAUUCGGCUUUUUCUCGACCGGCUCCGGUUAGAAGUAGCGCUGCCCUCAGGAUGGGAUCGUACACCUCGAAAGUCACGGACGCCGUGUUCGGGCCCAACGAUAGCAGCUUCGAAUGCUGUGAAUCUGCGGAUCAGUCGCUCGCAAGCCCGCGGGACAGGCCAAAAGUUGGCAACAAAGAAAAUGUCAACCCAAUCAGUCCGUUAGUGAAUGUACAUUUUUCCCCCGGUAUGGCUGAGCGCACUUGUUCGUCACAAUUAGCCAACCAAGAAACGCCGGACAUUUACUUGACGACCGUAAAACGAAGGGGCUUUGCGGAUGUUGCGAUAUGCAAAGCUUUGGAUGUUUCACCGAAACUGGAACCUACCGGUAAUCCCGGUUCGAUUCCUGCGAUCAAAGUGUCGGCUGAUCCGAGCAAUCAUCGACCGACUGUUUUAUGCGUUCAUCAAGGAAACGUGAAACAAGAAGUAGUCACGGCCACACCUGCGGAUCGUGCCAAGUUCGAUCCGAGCUGCUACUCAACCGUUACCAAACCAACGGCAACGAAUAAAACGUAUCUCAAACCGUCGUUCGAUAGUUCUGCCGAAGGGCCCAACGAGUUUCAAAGGUGUCCGGGAGAGAGUCUUCAACGACACUUGACAUUUUCACCAGAAACUGUUCGCCAAGAUGUGACGAUUGCUGUGGCCCCCGAGCCUGAGACCGAUGUUAUGUUGCCGCCCGAAGACGUUGCCACCAUUAAGGUGGAGGAAGAAUUGAACGGAUUGUCGGCAGAGCAUGUACAUAUUCCCAUCAACAACAAAACCCACGACGUAAUCCACGAUUCCGGCUCACAGCUCUCGGUUAUCGCGGAGGAGUACACUCCCGUUGAACUCGGUGUCACGUUCGAUCGUCCCGCUCCUCCUGUCGGUGUUUCGGCUUCCGACGUGGCCAACCUGGCAUUGAUGCUACCGGAUGCCGGGAAUUGCCAUCAUCGGACGUUCAAGAUUGCGAGUCACGAAAACAGUCGAUCGGUGUCGGUAGAAAACAUUGCCACACAGAACGUAACCGUCACGCUGAAAACGGACAUAUCACUCGGUUCGUUGCCAAAUUUGUCCCAUAAGGAGGAACGGGACAUUGGCCUCGAGGAGGAUGAAGUAGAGCGUCUGUUUAAGGAACACGAAAUUCGUGCCCAAUCGAGUCGCUUUAAUCUUCACGAAAUCGGUCGGUUUAGUGAUGAGAUGGUGAUAGCAAUCGAUGGUGGUGCCGCUGGCCCAGGAUGCAAGCGUGCAAAACACGAGCCCAGUCGGAGUGAGUCCGAGUAUGAUAUCGAAAUUACACCUCCAAAGCGACGGUGUGGUGUCGAAACGUUCGUCGCAUCCACCGUACGUACGAUGCACGUGGAGCGUAGUUUCACCAGGUCCACUAGCAAACCGAUCGGCCACAGAACGUCGUCGGAACACGGUCGGAGCAUGACUUCGGCCAGCUUCCAACGCAGUCUCGCACUGAAACGGCCGGCCGUGCCUUCCGGGUUCUCAACAAAGGACCUGCAAGAGAAGCGUGUGUUCUUGUACGACUCCGACCGUCACCUGAAAACGCUGAUCAAUCCCGAUCCGUUCGCGGCGACGACCACGUGCGAUCCGUUUCUCACCGCCACGAUGUAUCUGGAUCAGCGGGCCUUUGGUCAGUACGAGGCGCAGUUGAAAAAGUGGCUUAACGCCCUGGUAACCAUACCGGCCGAUUUGGACACCGAAACGUCCCGUCCGCUCGAUGUGGGCAAGCUGUUCGACGAGGUGAAGGGCAAAGAGCUGACGCUCGCCCCGACCAAGGAGCUGAUAUCGUCAAACUACUACAAAAAUCGUCUCAACAGCUUGCGCAACGCUGGCAUCGCCCUGUACCUCACCGAGGAGGUCGCUGGGCCGCUGCGUAAGGUGAGGGCACAGAUUGAGAAGCAACAACUUGGCUUACGUUCCGACCGGAAUCUGCACCUCGAUCUGGUGCUACAACGUACCGUUCUGGAGCUGCUGCUCUGCUUCAAUCCACUGUGGUUGCGGCUCGGGUUGGAGGUGGUGUUCGGGGAGCAGAUCGAACUGCAGUCAAACCGGGACGUGGUUGGGCUGAGCACGUUCAUCAUUCAUCGGCUGUUCCGGGAUCGCUAUCUGGAGGCGCGCAACUCGAAAGCCUACAACCUGUCGGCGGCGUACGCGGAGCAUAUGAAAAAGUUUACCCUGCGCACGGUGCUCUAUCUGCUGCUGUUUCUCGACACGGCCAAGCGCCGCAAGCUGAUUAAGCACAACCCGUGUCUGUUUGUGCGCAACGCACCGUACAAGGAGACGCGUGAGGUGUUGGUGCGCUUCGCCUCGACCCUGGUGGCCGGGAUCGGCGAUAUAACGAAGCAUCUGAAGCGCGCCGGAUACACGCUCUCGCACAAGCAGUCAUACCUGGACGAGUACAAGUACGCGUUCGAAAAUCUGGCCGUCGAUCUGCGCGAUGGCGUGCGGUUGACGCGCGUCAUGGAGAUCAUCUUGUUGCGCGAGGAUCUGUCGGACAACUUGCGUGUGCCGCCGAUUUCGAGGUUGCAGAAGAUACACAACAUUAACCUGGCCCUACGGGCUCUGGAGGAGGCCCAGUACCAGAUCGCGGGAGACAUUACGGCCAAGGAUAUCUGCGACGGGCACCGGGAGCGUACGAUGUCGCUGCUGUGGCAGAUCGUGUACCGAUUCCGGGCGCCCAAGUUCAACGCAGCCGCCACUGUACUGCAGCGUUGGUGGCGUACGAACUGGCUGCGUGUGCUGGUGGCCCGGCGUAUCGACGAGAAGCGCCGACUGCGGCGAGAACUUGCUGCCCGCACGAUACAGGCCGCCGUUCGUGGGUACUGCGUGCGCGUCUGGUACGCAGCGAUGCGCCACCAGAAGCUCCGAGCCGCGGUGACCAUGCAACGCUUCGUGCGACGCUUUCUGGCGCAGAAACUAGCUGCCCGACGAUACGGAGCCCUCGUGCGCAUCCAGCAAUGGUGGCGCUCGGUGAGCGACAUGCGCCAAGCCCGCGAACGUUAUCUGACUGUCCGGAAGGCGACGAUCGUACUGCAAACGUCCUAUCGCCGGUACGCUUUGAGCUGGCGGCUUCAGGCGGCAGCGGUAGCGAUCGGGGCGAUCCGGGCCGAGGCGAAGCACCGCCACGAGCAGGCGAUCAUCAUCCAGCGGAGUAUCAAAUCGUACGUCGUGCACCGACGGUUACACGCGACCGUGGACGGUGUGGUGCGUUUCCUGCGUCGCCGGAAGCUCCGGGACCGUUCGGCGACAGCCAUUCAAGCAUACCAACGAAUGCGGACCACGAGGAACGAAUUUUUGCGACUUCGCGGUGCCACAGUUUGUAUUCAGCGUCGUUGGCGUGAAUGUUUGGAAGCUCGGCGAACGCGCGAGCGAUACUUGCGGGUACGAUCGGGUGCGAUCGCGCUACAACGCUACUUCCGUGGAUAUUUGCAGAUGCGUCAGGAUGCGCAACAGUACACCCGGGUUCGCCACUUGAUCAUUCAACUGCAGCGACGUCGCCGCGCUACGGUUGCAAUGCUCCGCGAGCGUUCGAACUACGAACGUUUCCGAGAGGCGGUGCUUUGUGUGCAGCGACGUUAUCGCGCCCAAAAGCUCAUGCAACGCCAGGUGCAGCAGUAUGCGGCCAUUCGCCGUGCAGUUCUCGUAUUCCAGCACCGAUAUCGGGCCCGGAAAUUGAUGGAACGGGAACGUCUGCAAUACGAACGCUUGCGGUACGCCACUCUUUGCACUCAGCGUCGAUUCCGAGCACAGUUGAGCAUGCGUACCGCUCAGGAGUCCUACGGGCGCCUCAGGCGAGCAGUCAUGACGGUCCAAGAACGUUAUCGGGCUACACUGUUGAUGCGCCACGAUCGCCACCAGUUCAUUGAGCUACACCGCUAUACGAUCGCUAUCCAGUGUCGAUUCCGGGCGCUCAUCAACGGGCGACAGGAGCUGUCCCGCUACUCGACCCUUCGCACGGCCACAAUACGCAUCCAGCGAAAAUGGCGUGCAACGCUGCGAGCGAAAGAGGAACGCGGACGGUUCCUGGUGCAGCUCCGCUCGGCCCUGACGAUUCAACGUGCAUGGCGGAGUGUACUGUUGAAGCGAAAAUUGCGCACCGACUAUCUACACUACCGGCGGGCGGCCACCAUCAUCCAGCGUCGCUUCCGAGCCCUUCGCGCGGGACGAGCAGUGCGCCAGCACGUGCACCGUCAACGGUGUGCUGCGAUCGCCAUUCAACGCAAGCUUCGGGCCACACUGGCGAUGCGCCGUGGCCGAGCGGAAUUCAUUGGGCUUCGUCGGGCAACCGUCACCGUGCAGCGCCGGUUCCGGGCGAACUGGAUCGGACGGAUCGAGCGAACACGUUACAACGAACUGAAACGCAGCGUGGCAUCACUUUCCACCUGGUGGUACAGUAUUCUAGCGAUGCGACGUCAGCGGGUCAUAUAUCAGCGCAUCACACUGGCCGCGACGGUGAUUCAGCAGCGGUUCCGAGCCCUGCGAUCGAUGCGACAGCAGCGCGUGGCGUACGAACGGAUCCGAGAGGCCACACUCCUCAUUCAGCGGAGGUAUCGCGCGCAAAGGGCGAUGGAGCGAUGUCGUGGCCGAUUCCUCAAUCUGCGCAGUGCCUCGAUCGUGGUGCAGGAGUAUUACCGAGCUUAUUGUGAAGGCCGUCGACAGCGAGCGGCUUUCUUGAGGGUGCGGCAAGUGACCAUUUCUAUUCAGCGACGAUACCGCGGCAAACUGUUGAUGCGCCAAACGAUGCUCGAGUAUGAGCGGAGCAAGCUCGGGGCCAUCACCAUUCAACGUUGGUUCCGGGGCUACCAAGAGAUGCGAAACGCACGUGAACGGUUUCUCUCCAUCCGGCGGGCCACCUGUGUGCUGCAAGCUCACUAUCGUGCCACCGUGGCCACACAGCAAGCGGUCCACCGUUUCAGGCAACUCCGAGAAGCGGUAAUCUACCUUCAGAUCCGUUGGAGGGCAACGCUUGCAAUGCGAGAGCAGCGGGGCAACUACCGACGUGUGCUGGCCGCCGCCGCAACCAUUCAGGCCCAGUACCGUGCGUACAAGGAUCGGUUGGUCGAUCAGGCGGCCUAUCGGUUGUAUCGUAGCGCGGUGAUCAUCGUCCAGCGUCGGUAUCGCGAGAAGCUAGCCACACGCGCCGAACGCUGCCGGUUCGUGUGCAUCGUCCGUACUGUGCGUGGCCUGCAGAGAUACGGGAGGGGCUUGUUGGCACGUCGAGCGUAUCAGGCGAAGCUGACACCGGAGUUUCUCGAAUCGCGCCGCCGUCAACGGGCAGCCCUGCGGUUACAGGCUUGGUGGCGUGGAGUGGUCCAUCGCAAGCGGCACCAGACGGUGCGGAUGCGCAAAAUGGCCGUUCAGAUGGUGGCGAGUCGGCGGGAGGCCGAGCGCGAUCCCACGAACCGGGUAAGCAACGUGACGCGGCUGUGCAUGCGCUUCUUGGCGUCCCGAUUCAGCUCGUCCGAUGCGAUCGGCAUCCUGCAGCGGCUGGAGCGUCUGUCGCGCCUGGUACCGUACCUUCUCGUUGAGGAUGCCGUGUUUUUGGCGCAGUUCUGCUACAACACCAUGGCGCAGGCGAUACGAUCCGAGCUCGACAAGACGCUGAUCGAGAUCUGUGCGCGCAUCAUACUGAAUCUGGCCCGUUUUCCCGGCACUAAGGAGCAAGCCUAUCAGGAAAAAGGACUCGUGACCGUGUCGCAAAUGUUGCUGCGCUGGUGUGACAAAGACUGUGGAAUAUUCAGUACACUCUGCACGCUGCUGUGGGUGUUGGCGCACGAUUGUAGGAAGAAAAACGCAAUCCGUCGUUACAUGAUUUCAAAAGAUGCCAUUUUUAUGCUCCGCGAAACGAAGAAAUUGGUCAAGCGCAAGGAGAACAUGCGCAAAAACGUGCAGCGCCCGCCGGUCGGUUGUCUGGUGCCGGUCAGCCCCCAGUUGAUGCGCACGGUGCCGGCACUGCAGCCCGACUACGGUGUCGAUCGGAGCAAACCGUACGUGUUCUACUCGUCGGUGUUUGGGUUCGAAAAGGUGUUGCAAAUGCUGGAAGUCGAUCUUUCGUAG